AUGAAUUGGCCUGCAACAGAACAAGAAUGUUAUGCUAUUAUAUAUGCAAUUGAAAAGUGGCACAAGUACUUAGAUGGACGAUCAUUCAUCAUUGAAACAGAUCAUAAACCAUUAUUACCAUUCAACUUAAAACAACAAUUAAAUUCGAAAUGUGAACGAUGGCGAUUAAAAUUACAACAAUAUCAAUUUACCGUUCGAUACAUUAAAGGAAAACAUAAUACAGUAGCUGACUAUUUAUCCAGAUCACCAGUCGAUAAUGGAAUGAAUGAUGGAGAUGAUUAUACACCAACAAAAUCCAUAGCAACACAAACUGAUAAUUAUAUGAGGACACAAAUCAUUGCACCUGUUAUUACUCGUAGACAAGCAAAACAACAACUUGAUGAAAGGACUGCUUGUCGUUUGACAGAUCAGGCCUGUUAUGAACAAGGACAUAAAAGGAAUGUCGACGGAUUAGUCGAUAAGUCCUGUGUUUCUACACAACCCAAUGACUCACAUGCAAUGCUUCCAUUUACAAUAGAACAAUUAAAAGAAUUACAACAUCAAGAUGAAGAAAUUAACAACAUAAUUGGCAACAUACAGAAUUAUAAAGAAUAUUUUAUUGAAGAUUAUAUGUUAAUGAAAGAAGCAUGUCCACCAGUUCCCGUUAUACCUAAAGGACGAAUACGUUCCAAUAUAAUCAAAAUGUAUCAUGAUACACCUGCAAAUGGUGCCCAUUUCGGUCGGAAUAAAACCAUUCAGAAAAUUCAACAACGAUAUUUUUGA